UGUAGGGUAUAACUCCCUUCUAGGGUUUUUGGUUUGCAACCCUAAACACUUUAAAACCUAUCUUCACAAAUCUCUCAUACUCCUUCUCCGCUGCGUUCCUUUCUGCUGCUCUUAGUGAGAGAUUUUAGAGAGAGAGCAGAACAAAGCCUUCAUCAUGUCUCUGGUAGCUAACGAGGAGUUUCAGCACAUUUUGCGUGUGCUGAACACCAACGUUGAUGGGAAGCAAAAGAUCAUGUUUGCCCUUACCUCCAUCAAAGGUAUUGGUCGCCGUUUCGCUAACCUCGUCUGCAAGAAGGCCGAUGUCGACAUGAACAAGAGAGCUGGUGAACUUUCUGCCCAAGAGCUUGAUAACUUGAUGGUAAUUGUUGCCAAUCCUCGUCAGUUCAAGAUCCCUGACUGGUUCCUCAACAGAAAGAAGGAUUACAAGGAUGGAAAAUAUUCCCAAGUCGUCUCCAAUGCUUUGGAUAUGAAGCUUAGGGAUGACCUUGAGCGGUUGAAGAAGAUCAGAAACCACCGUGGUCUGCGACACUACUGGGGUCUUCGUGUGCGUGGACAGCACACCAAGACUACUGGGCGAAGGGGAAAGACUGUUGGUGUCUCAAAGAAGCGUUGAGUUUGUUUCUUCUUGGAUAUCAAUGUUUUGCUGCGAAUUUUUGCUCCACAAUUUACUUGUUUAGUUUACCAUAUCAUUGUAAGGAACUUGUGUUUUUGGUGACUUGUGCAAUAUCCUGUAUGCCUAGGUGGCCCCUUCUUCUAAUUGACUGCUUGUUUUUAUUUUUUUAUUUUUAUUUUGAGGAUUUGAUAUGCAAUGGCGAUAAUCAUUUAUUUGGAUA